AAUUAAAUUUCCAAAAAUUGUUAUUCAUAUUUUAAAGAAAAAUUAAUAAAUAAAUAAAUAAAUAAAUGAUGUAAGAAAUAAAAUAGUUUAAAGAUCUAUAAAAAUUUUUAAACUCUUCACUUUAAUCGCAUUAGGCUCUUGAUAUUGAUCUGUUAAGCAGAAAUUCUCGUCUUGGUGUAGUUGGUGCAUCAGACUUAGGUUAAGGAUUAGGAAAGUGCACUAUUCUCACAAAUUUGACACUUUCUCUUGAUGGAAAUUAAAUUGGUGAUGAAGGUACAUCAGGCUUAGGAUCUGGUUUAGUAAAGUGCACAAUUCUCUCAAAGUUGAAGCUUGAGCUUAGUUGGUGUUAAAUUCGUGAUAAAGGUGCAUCAGUUUUAGGUUCUAGUUUAGGAAAGUGCUCUAAUCUCUCAAAUUUAACACUUAAUCUCGGGUACAAUUAAAUUGGCGAUGAAGGUGCCUCAUGCUUAGGUUUAGGCUUAGGAAAGUGCACUAAUCUCUCAUAUCUGAUGCUUUAGAUUUAUGGAAAUUAAAUUGGGGAUGAAGGUUCAUCAGGCUUAGGUUCUGGUUUAGGAAAGUGCACUAAUCUCUCAAAAUUCAUACUUUUAAUUUCGUACAAUAAUAUUGGUGACAAAGGAGCAUUAGGCUUAGGUUAAGGUUUAGGAAAGUGCACUAAUCUCUCAAAUUUGACCCUUUAAAUUAGUGAAAAUUAAAUUGGUGAAGAAGGAUUAUUAGGCCUAGGUUCUGGUUUAGGAAAAUGCAUUAAUCUUUCAAUUUCGGCAGUUCAUAUUUGCAACAGCUUAAUUGAUAAAUCAAAAUAAUUGAAGUUAAAGUGCAUAAAAUCAAAAAGAUUAGUUAUCUUAAAAAUAAAUAAUAAUUGAUAUAAAAGUGGUGAAAAAAAAUAAAUAUAUUUGAAUAAUAAAUAUAUUAUAUUUGUUUUAUUUUAUAAUAUUUUGGAAUUGGAUAAUUUAACCUAAAAUAUAGAUAGGUAGGUAGAUAUAUAGAUAGAUAGAUAAAUUUAUUAUUAUUUUUAUAUUUAUAAAUAUCAUAAACAAAAAAAGAAUGAAUUU